CAGAGCAGCCCACUGUAGUGGGGAAGAUUUCCUUCAAUCCCAAGGAUGUGCUGGGACGUGGGGCAGGCGGAACUUUUGUCUUCCGAGGACAGUUUGAGGGACGGGCAGUAGCUGUGAAGAGGCUCCUCCGAGAGUGCUUCAGCUUGGUUCAGCGAGAGGUGCAGCUGCUCCAAGAAUCUGACAGGCACCCCAAUGUGCUCCGCUACUUCUGCACUGAGCGUGGUCCCCAGUUUCACUACAUUGCCUUGGAGCUCUGCCAGGCCUCCUUACAAGAGUACGUGGAGAACCCAGAUCAAGACCACUGGGGCCUGGAGCCCACCAUGGUGCUACAGCAGAUGAUGUCUGGCCUGGCCCACCUGCAUUCCUUACACAUAGUACACCGUGACUUGAAACCAGGCAACAUUCUCAUGGCUGGGCCUGACAGCCAGGGACAAGGCAGAGUAGUUAUCUCUGACUUCGGCCUCUGCAAGAAGCUACCUGUAGGCCGUUGUAGCUUCAGUCUCCAUUCCGGCAUUCCCGGCACAGAAGGCUGGAUGGCACCAGAGCUCCUGCAGUUACCCCCAGACAGCCCCACCAGUGCUGUGGAUAUCUUCUCUGCGGGCUGUGUGUUUUAUUAUGUGCUUUCUGGUGGCAGCCACCCCUUUGGUGAGAGUCUCUAUCGCCAGGCCAACAUCCUCUCGGGGGAUCCCUGUCUGGUUCAUCUGGAGGAAGAGACCCACGACAAGGUUGUGGCAUUGGAUUUGGUGAAAGCCAUGCUGAGCCUGCUGCCUCAGGAUCGCCCUUCAGCAGGAUGGGUGCUGGCCCACCCCCUCUUUUGGAGUAGAGCCAAGCAGCUCCAGUUUUUCCAGGAUGUCAGCGACUGGUUGGAGAAGGAGCCAGAGAAGGGGCCCCUCGUGAUGGCACUGGAGGAAGGAAGCCACAAGGUGGUUCGAGAAAACUGGCACAAGCACAUCUCAGCACCACUGCAGGCAGAUCUGAAAAGGUUCCGAUCAUAUAAGGGGACAUCAGUGAGAGACCUACUCCGUGCCAUGAGGAAUAAGAAGCACCACUACAGGGAGCUCCCAACUGAGGUACACCAGGCACUAGGCCAACUCCCUGCUGGCUUCAUCCAGUACUUCACACACCGUUUCCCAAGGCUGCUGCUCCACACCCACCAUGCCAUGAGGACCUGCGCUUCUGAGAGCCUCUUUCUGCCCUACUAUCCGCCAGCUUUGGAUACCAGGAACUCCCCAGAUGCCACAAAGAGCUCAGACAACCAGGGGCUCCAAAGGUGGACCAAGGAGUUAAACGCAUGGCUCAGUCUGGUCUCAGGAGUGUCAGAAAAGAUGGGCAGCGGUUUAGCAGCCUGA